AGAAAAUGUCGUGAACCGCAGUCGGUAGAGUCUGUGACGAAGAGAGUGACCGGGCCUGGCUUCUCGCACUUAUUUGCCCCGUACCUCGGUGGCUCCCUCCCCCUCUUGCUCCAUGUGGGGCCCAGGUUGGGCUCUUGGCUUCUCCUCCUUCUUAUUAUCUUCCUCCUCCUCCUCCGCCUCCUCCUCCUAUGGCCCGAAAAACAGUUAGCAGGAAGCGGAAAGCGGUGACGGCUGCCGCCGGGGGGCUCCAGGGGGAGCAGUAUGGGUGGGAUCACUCAGUUCACAAAAGGAAAAAACUCCUCCGGCUGAAAAGGUCUGUGGUGUACUACCUGAAAGGUAGAGAGGUCAGGAUGCAGAACGAGUCCAGCUAUCACCGCUUGUUGCAUGGAUAUGCAGCCCAGCAGCUUCCCAGCCUCUUGAAGGAGAGAGAAUUUCACCUUGGAAUCCUUAAUAAAGUAUUUGCCUCCCAGUGGCUGAACCACCGGCAAGUGGUGUGUGGGACAAAAUGCAACACACUUUGUAGUAGCUCUAAGCUGGACCGCCCUGGAUGAGACCGAAGAGUGGAAAGAAGGACAUUUACCAGCUUCCUCCAUCAGCACGGCCUUGCAUUUUUUCUUCAGCCCUGCAGUCCGGCACGUUCACAUGGCCUUUGCAAGCCUGGGUGGAUUUAACCCUUUACUAGCAACAUGAAACUUUUAAAGCACAAUUCUUCCUCAAGAGAAAGAAGAAAGAAAACAUAAAAGUACAUAGAACAGACACCGAAUUAAGUCAGUUAAAUGAGAAGUGAAAGAACUAAUAAUAUUGGAAUAGGAUUGAAGAAGUGGACAUUUUUAACUGGACUUUUCUAAAGUAAAUUAUGAAGAAAUGAACUGUUCUUUACAGCAUCUUAGUAUUAUUUGGGUAGAAUGCUAUUCUAAUCAAAAUUAAGGACUGAUGUAAUAGAGAUUUAUUUAGGAACUUUGAAACCCCCGCUCCUGGGUCAAAGGGAGGUCUCAACCUUUGAGACAAAGAUGAUUUUAGAUCAGAAGAAGUAUUUGUAAAUAAUACCCCAGAUACACUGAGAAGCUUUGCUGAUAGAACAUCACAGUCUGCGAAAACUCCGAGCGGCAGCAGAUGUGUAACAUUGAGAGCACUGGACUAUUUUGUCUUGUGGCAAAUGUCUUCAUAAAAAGAUCUUAGAAGGACUCUUCUCCUAGAGUAAUGAGUAGUUAUGUCUAAGUGAUGAAACUGACUGAAAAUCCUAAGUUGUGUCUUUCUAUGUUGUUCAAUAAGAAAGUUAAUAGCUUGUAAGAGGAAAGAAGCGUGUUUUAAGGUAUCAUUCUGUUUUAGUUUUUCUUGUUUCUUAACU